AAAAGCAUUUACUAGGCACGGUCUCUCUCUCUCUCUCUCUCUCUCUCUCUCUCUCUCUCUAUAAAUACACACAUGGCCAGUCUCUGGAUACGUACUACAAAGCUAGUCUUCCCUCACUUCCUCGUCCCUUCUCCUGUUUCUUCAACAUUUCAGACCCUCCGCAAGUAAAGAAAACAGAAGCAAAGAGCAUCGGAGAAAAUGUCGGAUAAUGAAAAUCAAGUUCCUGAGAUGAUCAACGGUGACUCCCACGACAUACGCUCCCUUCUUUCUUCUCCGGAGAGGGACUUUCUUGUUCGUAACAACGGUCAACAGGUUAAAAUCGAUAGCCUGAAGGGGAAGAAACUUGGAUUAUACUUUUCUGCACAUUGGUGUGGCCCAUGUCAGCGUUUCACCCCUCGAUUGGUUGAGGUGUAUGAUGAACUCUUCCCAAAAGGUGAUCUUGAGGUUGUUUUUAUCUCUGCUGAUGAAGAUGAUCAUUCAUUCAAUGAAUACUUUUCUGUAAUGCCCUGGCUUGCUAUCCCAUUUAGUGAUUCAGACACACGUAACCGCUUGGAUGAAUUGUUCAAAGUGAGGGGAAUUCCCCACCUUGUAAUCCUUGAUGAAAAUGGGAAAGUUGUGAGUGAUGAUGGGGUGGGAAUCGUUCGAGAGUAUGGAGUGGAAGGGUUCCCUUUCACCCUGGAAAGAGUGAAAGAAUUAAAAGAGGAAGAAGAAAAAGCCAAAAGAGAGCAAUCUUUGCGGUCUCUCCUAGUAUCACAUUCACGGGACUUUGUAAUUUCACCUGAUGGAAGCAAGAUGGCUGUAUCCGAACUUGAAGGGAAGACGGUUGGUCUGUAUUUCUCAGUGUCUUCGUACAGACCAUGUAUUGAUUUUACCGCAGAACUUGUGGAGGUUUAUAAGAAACUAAAAGAAGAAGGAGAGAGCUUUGAGAUUGUGUUAAUAUCUCUGGAUGAUGAGGAAGAAUCAUUCAAACAAGCUUUUGAAAUCAUGCCUUGGUUUUCCUUGCCCUUCAAGGACAAAUUAUGCGAUAAGUUAAUUCGGUAUUUUGAGCUCUCAACCAUUCCCACUUUAGUUAUUAUUGGGCCUGAUGGAAAGACUGUUCAUUCCAAUGUUGCUGAGGUGAUUGAAGAGCAUGGAGCUAUUGCAUACCCUUUUACCCCAGAAAAGUUUGCAGAGCUUUCAGAGAUAGAGAAAGCAAAGCAGGCAGCUCAAACACUAGAGUCGGUUUUGGUUUCAGGUGAUCGAGACUAUGUCAUUGAUAAAGAAGGGACUAAGAUUCCUGUGUCUGCUUUGGUGGGAAAGAACAUUCUAUUGUACUUCUCAGCCCAUUGGUGCCCUCCAUGCCGUGCUUUUUUGCCAAAACUCAUUGAAGCAUACCACAAAAUUAAGGAGAAAGAUGAAGCAUUUGAAGUAAUUUUUAUCUCUAGCGAUAGAGAUCAAUCCUCAUUCGACGAGUUCUUUAGAGGCAUGCCUUGGCUGGCACUUCCCUUUGGUGAUGCAAGGAAGGCAUCCUUGGGUCGUACAUUCAAGGUUGUCGGUAUCCCUAUGCUUGUGGCCCUUGGACGAACUGGUCGAACUGUUACCAAAGAAGCUAGAGAUCUAAUUAUGAUGCAUGGGGCUGAUGCUUAUCCGUUCACUGAGGAACAACUGAAGGAGAUUGAGGCACAGUAUGAGGAAAUGGCAAAGGGGUGGCCUGAGAAGGUAAAGCAUGCUCUCCAUGAUGAGCACGAACUUUUGCUGACUCGCCGCAGGAUCUAUACGUGUGAUGGAUGUGGGGAAACGGGUCAUGUAUGGUCAUUCAACUGUGACGAGUGUGACUUUGAUCUUCAUCCCAAGUGUGCGCUGGAGGAAGAUAAAGGAAGCAAAGAUGAGACAGAGCAGGAGGGUAAUACCAAAGAAGGUUGGAUAUGUGAUGGAGAGGUCUGCACGAGAGCUUGAGAAACAUCUGUUUCUAAGACUUCAGCUUGAGAUACUCCGUUUGGUUAUUGGUUCUGGUUUUGCCUUGUACCUUUGGUGUGUUGGUUAUGUAAUAACAUUUCCAUGUCUGGAAAACUUGUGUUGGUAAGGUAUGCUUAAUGGCGUAUAAAUUAUAUUUUGAUUCAACCACUGAA